AAAUCUUACUCGAUAGUUCAAAAUGAACUUCACUCGACCAAUACUGCGCCAAAAGUCCAGCCCGCCGAGAACAGUAACUUUCUCGCGACGUCAAGGUCCUAAGUAAUUCGAUACAGUCAGUCAUACGCGUUGGACUUCAACUUUGCGGCUUCAAGAGUGCUGUCCAUCUUUGUUCAUGGGUCAGCAAGUAUCCAGUUUACCGCAGAAAAUCGUACCGACCGAUGCGGUCGACUCGCUGCAGUUCGAGAUCAAGAAGCAGGCGCAGAUUUUCUCCGAGAUCGGCAGUCUGACCUACGAAGACUUCCAGAAGUGUCUGGCCGAUCUGAACAGUUUAUCUCGCAAAUGUCUGGACCCAAGCGGCAAACAGUUGGUGUUUGCCGUCAAGAAGGGCACCGACAGCAGUGUCCUGUGGAAGGGUACCGUACGGAUUGCCUGCGUUAAAGUUGACCCGUCCACCAAGAAGGUCGAAUGCUACAAACUGCUCAAUCUGAAGCAAUUCCUCCAGGUGUUCCGCACGUUCCAGAAUGACCUGCACGCAAUGGUCACCGUGGAGACGCAACGGAUCCGCAGCCCCACCGGCAGUCCAACACAUUCCAGUUCGACCGGGCGCGGUAGUUCGUCCGGCAGUGCGGCUGGAUCCUUUGAACGGUCCGAUUUUAGUCCAAACUCUUCGUACGUGUACACAUUUCCACAGCAUACGACCGCCUCGAUGCUGAUGGAACAAGUUAACGGCAUCUGCGGAUCGGAUUCUAGCAGCAUUGACGGAGGGGGACUACAGAGCAGCACCGAAGAAGCAGCCGAGUGUUGCAUAUGUUUGGAACGAAAGCCGGAAGUGUCGCUUCCAUGUGCACACAGCUACUGUACGCCGUGUAUCGAACAGUGGAACAUCCAUCAGAAGAAAUGUCCCAUCUGCGACGAGGAAUUGGUCAGUACCGACGAUACCUGGGUACUUUCGGAGAUGCCAGAAGCGGAAGAAAUCAGCGAGGAAAUUUGCGCCACUUUGAUGAAGCUGUCCGUUGGGAAAUAAAUCAGCGAUUGUGAUUUUUGUGUUAUUACUUCCUUGCGUGAGGGAGGAGGAGAGUGGAAGCGCGUACCUGGUUUUUGGGUGUAUUAGCAACGUAUGAGACGAGCGGCACCAUGUGCCGGAAGCCACCUUGAGCAUUAUUUGGAGUGUACUUUUAUUGAGUUUAAAUAUCUUAUUGCUUAUCAGUCAAACUUAAUGGCUCUAUACUGAACAUCAGAGACAUCGAUUGAUGCAUCUGUUAUAAACGUUAAUUGUAGUUCAAAUAAACAUUAUGAUAUUGUUACAA